GUGAAAAAAGGAGGUCGGCCAUUUUCCCAGCGUUGUCUUCUCGUCUGAAGAAGCGUUUUCCCCAGCAUCUUCAGCAAGAAAAGUGUUUGUGGUUCGCAUUAACGGAACGUUCUCAAGUCUUGUGCAACAUACCGACUGUGGUCGGUAGCCAGUGUACGACAUCAAGCGUGAAACAAUGAGUGCGGUCGACGAGAGGACAAUCUAUGCGAAGCUGGAGGCGAUGAAGGACAUACGAUCCAAAACGCUCCAGCUGGAAAAGCUGAAGCUGAAAAUUGUUCGGGAGGUCGAGAAUGGUGAUGCCGAGGAAAAGUGCUUGUCGGAGUACCGCCGCGAACUGGAGCUGCUCAUGCAGGAAAAGAUGAGCCAUGUGGAGGAACUGCGACAAAUUCACGCAGACAUAAAUGCGAUGGAAACGGUGAUCAAGCAGGCCGAGGAGAACCGGAUCCGUUCGAUCAAUAUGGCCAAUCGCAUUCACGAGGAAUAUGUACCGCUGAAAACGGAGGUGGACACUAUGCGUCGCGAGUAUCUCGGUUUGGAGCGCCUGCCAGAGCUUCAUGAAGAGGAGGGAACCACUAUUUCACCGGAUCGUUUCCAGAAUUAUUACGCCACAAAUAAGCCACUGACGACACCGAGUGCUACCUUUGCACGGCCACCGCUAUCCGCCCAUCAUCCACUUCCACCGGAUGCACCUGCCACAUCGUUGCCUCCUUCGGCACCGCCCGGCUUCCUGCCGCCGCCACCGGUUGCAAUGCGCAUCAACAAACCGCCUGAACUGCCGACCAACCGGCUUCAGCAGCCUCCAUCGACGAUUGGCAUUGGUCAUCCGACAUUCAGGUCUGAUUUCAAUGUGAAUUUAAGCAGACAGCAGCCGCCGCCGAUGAAAUCGUGCCUAUCGUGUCAUCAGCAGAUCCACCGGAACGCGCCUAUCUGUCCGCUGUGUAAGGCCAAGAGUCGUUCACGGAAUCCGAAAAAGCCCAAAAAGAAGGACCAUUAAGUAGGGCAAAAACAACAACAGCAGCAGCAGCAGCAUCACCAUUACUUGGACUACUUUUUAGGCAUAGACUAUCUUUUUUCAAUCAUUUCUCGUUGCUUACAUUUGUUGGCAGCUUAGCGAUUAGUGCACCGGUCCCCGGAAUAUCUUGAUUUUACUCUAGACUAUUACUGAGCGUCCGCCAUACAGCGCUCCAUUCUAUCCCAAUAAUAGUAUCUCAUUGAUCGUGUCAUUGUCUGGAACAAUUUUACGUAGCAUUAAGUUGUAACCAUCUCAUAACAAUAAAACUAGUUCGUAAAAAAUUAA